GCCGCGCAUGCGCACAGCCGGUGUUCACUCGGGUGGGACUCCAAUCCCAGCAACACCACUCCUUGGCUGUGUGACUCCAGGCGGCACGAUGCGCGUGGUGGUGAUCGGCGCCGGGGUCAUCGGGCUCUCCACCGCCCUCUGCAUCCACCAGCGCUACCACUCGGACCUGCAGCCGCUGGACAUGAAGGUCUACGCGGACCGCUUCACCCCGCACACCACCACCGACGUGGCAGCCGGGCUCAUCCAGCCCUACGUCUCCCCGCCCGAAGACCCCCAAGAAAUGGACUGGAACCAGCAGACCUUUGACUACCUCCUGAGUCAAAUCCAUUCUCCCACUGCUGACAAAAUGGGCCUGGCCUUAAUCUCGGGCUACAACCUCUUCCGUGAAGCUGUUCCGGACCCUGUCUGGAAAGACAUAGUUCUGGGAUUUCGGAAGCUGACCCCCAGAGAGCUGGACAUGUUCCCUGAUUAUGGCUAUGGCUGGUUCAACACCAGCCUGAUCCUGGAUGGCAGGACCUACCUCAAGUGGCUGACGGAAAGGUUGACUGAGAGGGGCGUGCAGUUCUUCCUGCGCAAGGUGGCGUCUCUGGAGGAGGUGGCAAGAGGAGGCGUGGAUGUGAUCAUCAACUGCACAGGGGUGUGGGCUGGGGCGCUGCAGCCAGACCCCCUGCUGCAGCCAGGCCGGGGGCAGGUCAUUCAGGUGGAAGCCCCAUGGAUGAAGCACUUCAUUAUCACCCAUGACCCAGAGAGAGGCAUCUACAAGACCCCGUACAUCAUCCCAGGGUCAUCCACAACUAUGGCCACGGAGGCCAAGGGAUCACCAUUCACUGGGGCUGUGCCCUGGAGGCAACCAAGCUCUUUGGCAAGAUCCUGGAGGAAAGGAAGUUGUCCAGGACGCCACCCUCCCACCUCUGAGGACACCUUCCCCAGGACCCCCUGUUCCCCUUGGCCCACUAAUCAUGGCUCCUGGAUCGGCUCUUGCUUACAACCUGCUCGUCCCACCCUGGAUUCUUGCAGCAAAGAAGGCCGAGGGGACAGGAGAACACAAGGUCCGGUCCUGGAGGAGAGUCCAGCCUGGACGGGCGCCCCCCUCUGAUCACUGAGGCCUCUCUGCUGCCUCUGGGUCUGAUGCUGUGGAGGACACUUGAGGCUAUUACUCCACAAGUCCCCAGAAGAAAGGACAGCUCAGAAAACUAAAGAGACCAGCUUCCUGGAACCCCAGAAAAUAGAGGCUAGCUGAGAGGAAUUCACUUGAUUAUUAACACUAACAUUAAUUAAAGUUUCGGGAAAAGUCCUGCUGCACAGACAUUUACCUGACUUUGUUUAACCCAGUACCUCCUGAACCCGUCUGGCCAUGACAUCCAGAACACUCACGAGUCCUGAGAACGCACUUGAAGAAAUGAUGUAGCAGAUGUCGUUGUAGGAGGUUUAGGUAGGACUGGGGUGUGGGGGAGCCAGAGGAGGUGGAGC